AUGUCUGACUUUCAAUUAAGAUUAUUAAAAUUAGUAAAUGACAAUAAUGGAGUCAUUUCCAAUACUUUGGAAGUUCCAGAAUUGGCAGAAAUAGAUUCAAACAUCUUACAUUCAAAUUUAACUUCUCUUUGGGCUAAAGAAAUGAUCAAUUUCUCCAAAAUUGAAAUCGAUAAAUGGGUUUUGACUGAAGAAGCUGAAUCAUAUGUUAAAGCAGGAGCUUCCCCAGAAGUUCAAGUUGUAGACGAAGUGUUGAAAGCAUUAGAAGGAAUGACGAUUUCUGAAUUAAAGACUAAAUUAGGUCCUAUUGGAGCUGUUGGUCAAGGUAAAGCAUUCAAGAACAAGUGGUUAGGUAAAAAAGGUGAUACAUUAGUAGCAAAUGUUGAUAAAUUACCAGAAGAUGUUGUUUUAAAUGAAUUAAAGACCAUUCAAUCAACUGGUUCAUUACAAGAUAAGAAAGAAUUAACUGAAUUAAAAAAGAGAAAAUUAAUUUCAUUGAUUAAGAUUAUUGGCUAUAAGAUUGAAAAGGGUCCAAAGUUCGCUUUGGAAAUUGUUAGUUUAGAAACUGAUAUUACUUCUGAAAUGGUUGCAAGUGGUUCCUGGAAAAAUGCCGAAUUCAAACCUUAUAAUUUCCAAUCUGAAGGUGUUUACCCACCUUCUGGUGCAUUACAUCCUUUAAACAAAGUUAGAGAAGAAUUCAGACAAAUUUUCUUUUCUAUGGGUUUCACAGAAAUGCCAACUAAUCAAUACGUUGAAUCUGGUUUCUGGAACUUCGAUACCUUAUUCGUCCCUCAACAACAUCCAGCUAGAGAUUUACAAGAUACUUUCUACUUAAAAGAUCCAGCAAGAGCAUUAAAACCUGAAGAUGAAGAAUAUUGGAACAAUGUUAAACAAGUUCAUGAAGAAGGUAAAUAUGGUUCCAUCGGUUAUAGAUAUCCAUGGAAGGAAGAUGAAUCUUUAAGAAUGGUUUUAAGAACACAUACCACCUCUGUCUCGGCUGCCAUGUUAUAUGAAUUAGCCAAAGAUCCAAAACCAACCAGAUUAUUCUCCAUUGAUCGUGUUUUCAGAAAUGAAGCGGUUGAUGCUACCCAUUUAGCUGAAUUCCAUCAAGUUGAAGGUGUUUUAGCUGGAUAUGAUAUCACUUUGGGUGAUUUGAUUGGUUUCAUGGAAGAUUUCUUUGGAAAGAUGGGUUUUGAUGAAUUGAGAUUCAAAGCUGCUUAUAAUCCAUAUACCGAACCUUCUUUGGAAAUUUUCGCUUAUCAUAAGGGAUUAAAGAAAUGGGUCGAAAUCGGUAAUUCCGGUAUGUUCAGACCAGAAAUGUUGGAAGCUAUGGGAUUACCAAAGAAUUUGAGAGUCUUGGGUUGGGGUCUUUCAUUAGAAAGACCAACUAUGAUCAAGUAUGGUGUUUCUAACAUUAGAGAAUUAUUGGGUCAUAAAGUUUCUUUAGACUUUAUUGAAUCUAACCCUGCUGCAAGAUUAGAUGAACAUUUAGAAUAA